UUUUGGAUCUCAAUCUCUCUCUCUCUCUCUCCUUCUUUCUUUCCUCUCUUUGUAACCAGUAACCAGUAACCAGGCCCAUGUUCUAAUCAUGUUCUAAUCACAUAAUAAUAUCUGUUAUCUCCUCUCACAUCACUGUUUUUCUUCUUUACCUAUCUCACACAUGGGGUUAAUCGGGGUCACUGGCUAUACGCACUUCCACCAUGAUGCCUUCUUGUAUAUUCAAUAGACCCCAUUUCAAGUUUAUCCUUUCUUCACUUACUUACUACCCACAUGUAUAGAGAGAGAGAUAUACUAGAGUUGUUCUUAUUUGAGAGGACUUGACUGGGUUUGCAGCGAAAAAUGAAGCGAGAUCUCGAAUAUCUUGCAAAUCCAGUUCUAGGGUUGUGAAAAAUUGGGAGAAAGAGGAAGGCUUUGUUGAAGUUUGGAGAAGCUAAAAUCUGGGUAGUGAAGAUGAUUUCAUCUGGACUGAAUUUGGUUAUGACAGUGAUUGGAUUCUCUGUGAGCACCAUGUUUAUUGUGUUCAUUUGCACGCGUUUAAUUUGUGCUCGGAUUCGAUUGAAUGCUUCAAGACGUUCCUUUCCGCUAUCUUCUAGAUCUAAUCUCAGUAUGAUGGAAAGGGGUCUACAUGGUCUUGAGCCUGUAAUUGUGGCUAAUUUCCCAACAAAGAAGUACAGUGACUUGUGUUUUUCAUCCAAAGAAGAUGCUCAGUGCAUUGUUUGCCUGGCGGAUUACCGAGAGGAAGACAUAUUGCGAAUUCUUCCUUAUUGUGCGCACUCUUUUCACGCUUCAUGUAUUGAUAGAUGGUUGCAGCAUCAUUCCACAUGCCCAGUUUGUCGAAUCUCUUUGAGAGAUUUCAAUGAGAACAACAAAGACAUGUUACGUCCUGUUUACUGUUCUACUAUCCAAUCUCGUUAUGGAUUGGACUCAAUUCCAAGUUCUUUCCAUGAUCAUGACUGUCCAUUAAGAAAUCAUCAUAGGAUGGACCCAAUUCAGGAAGACCAAUGUCCAAUUGAGGAUCAUGGAACCGAAGCUAGAGAUAGACUAUCAGAUUCAGUAGACAGUUGUCGGUCUUCGAAACCCCUGGGAGAUCAAAAGCUUUCUGAAAGCCCGUCAAGUCAGUGACCAGAUUUGUUCCUUUUAUUCUUGUAUUUUCUAUGUAAAUAGAACCUUGCUUGCUUACUUCCUUACUCUUGUUUAUUUCUUUCACUUAAUUCAUCUCCUUGUAGUUGUAUUCCCACCACUUUGGAAAUUAGGAUUUAUCCAACAACAUAAAUGGCGGUAACUCUAUCCAAUUUAGAUUUCGUCGAUUUAUUCUUGAAA